GGACGCAGAGCUUUUGCAGAGCAGCUGGUUCCGGCUGGGGAAAAUGGCGGUGGCUGGGGCGGCGUCCCAGGAGCAGUUGGUGGGUUGGUGCACCCAGCAGUUGCGGAAAACUUUCAGCCUGGAUGUCAGUGAGGAGAUCAUACAGUAUGUUUUGUCAAUUGAGAGUGCUGAAGAGAUACGAGAAUAUGUUACUGACCUCCUUCAGGGAAAUGAGGGCAAAAAAGGUCAAUUCAUAGAAGAGCUUAUAAACAAAUGGCAGAAGAAUGACCAGGAGUUGAUUUCUGAUGCUCUGCAACAGUCUUUCAAAAAAGACGAAAUUUUAGAUGGACAGAGAUCAGGAGACCAGCUAAAGAGGAGUAGGCGGAAAGGGAGAAACAAACAGGAAGUUCCUGCAUUUACUGAACCUGAUAUGACCAAAGAGGUUAAAACACCUUUCGAUUUGGCCAAGGCACAAGAGAACAGCAGCUCCUUAAAGAAGAAGACGAAGUUUGUCAGUUUAUACACUAAAGAGGGACAGGACAAGCUUGCAGUCCUGAUCCCUGGUCGCCACCCUUGUGAUUGCCUGGGCCAGAAGCACAAGUUGAUCAAUAACUGUCUGAUCUGUGGGCGAAUUGUCUGUGAACAGGAGGGUUCUGGCCCCUGCUUAUUCUGUGGUACUCUGGUUUGUACUCGUGAAGAACAGGAUAUUUUACAGCGUGACUCAAACAAGAGCCAGAAACUGCUGAAGAAGCUCAUGUCAGGAGCAGAGAAUUCUGGAAAGUUGGACAUCUCUACCAAGGACCUUCUUCCUCAUCAAGAAUUGCGAUUUAAAUCUGGUCUGGAGAAGGCUAUCAAGCAUAAAGACAAACUGUUAGAGUUUGACAGAACUAGCAUUCGAAGGACUCAAGUCAUUGAUGAUGAGUCAGAUUACUUUGCCAGUGAUUCUAACCAGUGGUUGUCCAAAAUUGAGCGUGAAGCCCUGCAGAAGCGAGAGGAGGAGCUGAGAGAAUUUCGACAUGCCUCUCGGCUCUCUAAGAAGAUCACCAUUGACUUUGCAGGCAGGAGGAUUGUGGAAGAUGAAAAUCCCCUAGCUGAGUAUCACAGCAAACUAGAUGAAGCAAUACAUGCCAUUGCAAAUGGAACCUUGAACCAGCCACUGGCCACAUUGGAUAGAUCUUCUGAAGAGCCUUUGGGACUUCUGGUGAAUCCCAACCUCUACCAGUCCCCUCCCCAGUGGAUAGACCAGACAGGUGUAGCCUCACAGAAGAAGGCUUUCCAUUCAGCAGGAUCAGGACUAGAGUUCAACUCAGGUCGACAUCCGUUUCGAAUCCAGGACCAAGAAUUUCAGGAAGGCUUUGAUGGUGGCUGGUGCCUCUCUAUGCAUCAGCCUUGGGCUUCUCUGCUUGUCAGAGGGAUUAAAAGGGUGGAGGGCAGAAGCUGGUACACCCCUCACAGAGGACGACUUUGGAUAGCAGCCACAGCCAAAAGACCUUCCCCUCAAGAAGUCUCAGAACUCCAGACUACCUAUCUUGUUCUUCGUGGAAAAGAUGUGGAAUUUCCAAAUGACUAUCCAUCGGGUUGUCUUCUGGGCUGUGUAGACCUAAUUGACUGCUUGUCCCAGAAGCAAUUUAAAGAUCAGUAUCCAGACAUGAGUCAAGAAUCUGAUUCUCCAUUUGUUUUCAUCUGCACAAAUCCCCAGGAAAUGAUUGUGAAGUUUCCUAUUAAAGGAAAUCCAAAAAUCUGGAAACUGGAUUCCAAGAUCCAUCAAGGAGCAAAGAAGGGGUUAAUGAAGCAGAAUAAAGCUGUCUGACCCAGGAGAAAAGGAACUAUACAGCAUAGUGGAGUGUUGUGUAUUAAACUUGCUAUCCACUGGUCCUUUGGAAUUGAAGCAGUAGAAAUCUAAAGGCUUGACAUCAGGCUUGAACCUCUCAGAAUUUAAAGUCUUAUCAAAAUAUGUAUAUUUUUCUUAAAGAAUGGGAUUCAUUAUGUAAUGGGUCAAAAUCUUUGAAUACAUUAUUUAUAAAAACUGACUUUAAAAAUUCUA